ACCCAUCACUGUUGUGACUCCACCUCUCCACCACACCCAUAGCAGUUUCUGCUUUUGAGGGAUAUAAUGCCAAUGUAUCAUUUGUAACAGUUUACUCCUUAUAAACACAGAACACAACUGAGUUAGUUUGACUUAAAUUCAGCUGAGAGAUAACAGAACUAAUCAUAGAAUUCUAGGGGCAAUGGGAGCAGAAGAAGAAGAAGACUGUAAUGGACCUACAGGCGGUGAAAAUUCUAUUUUAGAUAAAAAGCAACUGAGAAUAUUUGGUCAUCCUCUUACCACCGCGCAACAAAUGUGGAUUGGGUUUUUUGUACCAUCUAUUCUUUCAACAGUUAUCUUUAUAGCCAACAUUGCACUGGACAUUACUGUAGCCUGUCAACUUUUCAGAGAAGACCACCCAUUGCUUGGAGGGGCAACAUUGGCUCUCAUGUAUGCCCCUUCUUUAACAUGCUUGAUUUUAACUUUCACUCGACUUCCUAAGUUGGAAAAAAUUGGGGACUUGUUGACUUGGGUCACAAUUCAAUGCCUUCAAAGUUUACUUUUUCCUUUGGGCAUCAUAUACAGAUUUGCAACACAGUUGUUUUGGUCUGUUGUUGCUUUAACUGAAGAAGACCCAGCAAGAGAAAAAGCACUAUGCAUUGUAGCUGCUUGUCAUCAAACUGAACUGUUUUUCUUCCUUGAUUCAUUUCUGAAUGCAGCACCACAAGCUAUCCUUCAAGCUUAUAUUUUACUUUCUCCACAAAUUGUCACAACAGAUGAAACAGGCUGGACUCUGGCAGUAAGUAUAAUCACCUCUGUCAUUACUUUAUCUAAAACAGCUGCAUUGUAUCAGAGAUUUGAAAGUCAGAGGGCUGUUGGGCGCCUUCCCCAAUGGGCCCAACAAGAAAAUGAAGCUCACACUCGAGCACUGAUAAACAUUAAACAAUUUGACCCAAAGUUGCUAAUGGUUCUACAAGAUCCUCCACCUAACAAGAAGACUGUAGCUGUGGUAAUCUCCCCUGCUCAUGAAGGAAGCCAAUGUAAUGAUACAGACGAGCCAGAGAGAACAACAGGUCAAAUAUCUCAGCUCAGCCAUGACCAACCAGCCACAGAAGAGGAGCAAGAAGAAAUUAAUGAAGCAAAAAGCACCACAUCAGCACCAGAACCAUUUGAAACAAGUUUCCACGGUGAAACAGAUAAAGAAACUGCAGCGUCCCCAGACAACGGUGCAAAAGACAAUCCUCAAACACAGGUUGAUGAUCAAACAGUGAAAGAGGAAGAGCCUGAAGAACAUGACACACUCCUUAGUACUGAAGCUAAUCAAUCUGUUAGUGGAGCUAACGAUUCUGCUUAUCUCACGCCAAUAACAGUAGAAGGUGCUCCCUUAGACGAUCGCUGUUUCUGGCCACGAAUACAAACACCACCAUCAUCACCUACAGCUGACCCUCACAUGAGACCAAGGUUAUCAAUAAACACUAUUAGAAGCCAAAACCGGCCAGCAUAUACCUCAAACGUCGCCCUACCCGUCCGAAAACCACGGAUAAAAGGACUUCAUGAGGAUGAACCACUCGGAAUUUUUGCAGCUUUUAAUGCAUGGUUAAUGUAUCUCCUUGCUCGGGUUCUUGUUAUUGCAGCCUUCGCUCACUUUUACCUCUGGCCAUCCCUUGGUAUGAUAUUCAGCCACUAUUGUAUCAUGGUAGCUUACCUAUGGUUUUGCAACCCUUGUCCAAGUUUCUGGGCACCGCUGAUUGCACUCAUUUUUAUUUUAUGUCCAAUAGAAGUAAAAGUGCGGUAUAAAUACCCAAGAGUAUUUCUCAUUAUAUUCUUUGCACUUGUUUUAUUGGAAGAUUUGGCAACAGUAAUUUUGUGGUAUUGCGGGGCUGAAUGGGAAAGCUGGUGGUAUGAUUUCGCCUUUGUUUUUAUCAUAGGUUGUCAUGGAAUGGCCCUUUUAAAUGCUGCUCUCUACUUGUUCAUGUUCAAACCAAAUGCCAAAUAUGUAGAACCAACUUUUUCUUUCUAGAAAAACUUUGGCAGCUACCACAGUGCCAUAAGAUAGAUCUAUAUCUCAUUACUUUUAGCACCUAAGUUUAGUUCAGAGUAAAAGUCUUCAAACACAGAAGAACAUCAAGGUAAUGUGGACUUCAGGCAUUAAU